AUCGAAACUCUAAGGUGUUUGUGAACAACCGAUUGCAUUUCGAUGCGUACAGCAUCACUCUCAGGAUAGGCGUGUGAUGCAUCCAUGGUCAAGAAGGGCAUCCUAUCUGAUGUUGCCCUCGGCCGAGGUCAGGAAGCUGGGAGCUCUCGACUGCCUGACAAAACAUCAGAUUGGCUAUGGCAGUGCGACUUUGAAAAGAGCUGCGACGAUCGCAUUGCAUCGCAUGCGACCAAGCAGUACGACGGGGCUAUACGAGUCUACUCCUUCCGUUUCGAAACUAUGCGUGUGCCUGGAUUUUGACGCCUCCCGUUCGCUCACUGGGAUUCUACAGCGACUCAUGCACAAAUACGCGCCUCCUGGGACCGGUAAUGUCUCACCAGUCACCAGGGCUUGAUGCCAUCCGUCCAUCUCCCAGAAGCGCUGAUGGCCUACUAUGCCCCAGGACACGCCGCCGGCCAAUCUUUGUGCCGCCCGAGCUUUCUUUGGCUUC